GAAAAAUACGAAAUACUAAUAAAAAAAACGGUGAAAGUGAACUGAAACUGCAAAUUCACCUACUCAAAUUGGACUCCCAAGGCUCUGAUUUUUUUUUUUCCAUUUUCAUUUGGGUUUGUUCUCCACCCAAGAAAUUCAAGCUUUUAAGACUGAUAAUAGCUCUUGAUGCAAGAGGCAAUUGAAGCUAAAAAAGGAGAGAAAUGAGGGGAGUUUUGGUUGGAUUAUUACUCAUAUUAAUUGCUUUGAAUGUUAUCCAAUUAACAUCUGCUACCAUUCUCCUCAAAUCGUUUUCCAUGUCAUUUACUGAUCUUCCUGCCAAAUUUGCUGCUGGUGUGAAUAGCUCUGGUAUAUGUGGAGCUUUACAUAUAGCAGACCCUUUGAACGGUUGCAGCCCACUAAGAAAUGGUCUUCUUCAUCAGUCGAAAAACAUAACUGAUGGAGUAAGGUUUGCACUCAUUAUAAGGGGUGAAUGUUCUUUUGAAGACAAAGUCAUAAAUGCCCAGAAAGCUGGAUUUGGUGCUAUAAUUGUGUAUGACAAUCUAGACAAAGGAAAUCUAGUUUACAUGAUGAUACAUCGCGAGAAUGUUUCGGUGAAUGCAGUUUUUACUUCUAAGAAAGCUGGUGAAAUUCUAAAGGAACAUGCUGAAGGGAAAGAUGGUGAAUGCUGCAUCUUUCCAUAUAAUAAUGAAACGGCGUGGACUGUUCUGGCGAUAUCUUUCAUAUCUUUUCUUGUCAUAUUAGUUAUUUUGCUAGUAGCAAUCUUUACUCCUAGACAGUGGUUGACUUCAAGGGGAAGAAAUAAUCUCCCUAAAAAUGUAGAUACUAAAUUAGUGGAAGCCCUGCCCUGCUUUACUUUCAGCUCCACCCAGUCUACAGAUUGUCAUGCUGGAGAAACUUGUGCCAUCUGCCUUGAAGAUUACAAAGAUGGAGAGACCCUCAAAGUUCUACAUUGCCGACAUGAAUUUCAUUCAAGCUGUGUGGACUCAUGGCUGACUAAAUGGGGGACAUUCUGCCCUGUAUGCAAGCGCGAUAUGAGAACCAAAUCUGAAAAUUCUGAGGUAAAAAGGAGAACCUGCCUAUAAAAAUCAGUGAAUAAAUGAAGAUUCCCAGCUGUGGCAAGGAGUUGAAUUUAAGAAAGAUAUAAUUCUAGUAUUCUUAACUCCGAUCCCUCAGCUAAACAUAAUAAGAUUCUAAACAUCCCAUCAACGGAAUUCACUCUUUUACUGCAGCAGAUUGCCUUCCUCUUACAUCUUGUGUGGCUUACCAAGACAUAUGGUGAUGAUAAAAUACAGAUUGUUAUGAAGAUUUAAAAAAAAAAAAGAGUGAAAUCUUUCAAAGCAUCUUCACUAAUUUAGUUGAAUUGUUGGCGUUGUCGUUGACUUGUUGGCUCCUUCAACUUUCCGAUCCAUGAUAGGGUUCUCGAACCUGUUGUCAGCAGGUCAACUAUUUGGCCAUGUUAAGUGUUUAUUAAAAAUGUUUGAGCUUAGAUCUUAGUAGAAUUACUAUCCUUAUUGGAAAGCCAGAUAACCCCAUUGUUUC